CCCUUCCGGCGGCGGCGGGGUGACGUCACGGCGGCCCCGGAAGGGCGGCGGGCGCGGCGCGGGCCGGGCGGAGCGGCUCGGUCCGGUCCCGUCCGGUCCGGCGCGGUGCGGUGCGCGGCGGCGGCGCCGGCGCCAUGACGCUCGCCGUGUUCUUCGGGUGCACCUUCAUCGCCUUCGGGCCGGCGCUCGGCCUCUUCCUCUUCACCAUCGCCCGCGACCCGCUCCGCAUCAUCAUCCUCAUCGCCGGGGCUUUUUUCUGGCUGGUCUCAUUGCUGCUCUCCUCCCUGAUCUGGUUUAUUGCUGUUAAAGCCAGUGACCCCAAUGAUGAACCAUUGCAGAAGGGGCUCUUGAUAUUUGGGGUGAUGUUUUCUGUGCUGCUGCAGGAGGCCUUCCGGUUUCUCUACUACAAACUCCUCAGGAAGGCUAUUGAAGGGCUGGUGGCCCUCAGCGAAGAUGGCUGCUCCCCCAUUUCCAUCCAGCAAAUGGCAUAUGUGGCUGGCGUGGGCUUUGGGCUCAUGAGCGGUGCCUUCUCCAUGAUCAAUCUGCUGGCAGACGCGUUAGGGCCUGGCACCGUGGGGAUCUAUGGGGACUCACAGCUCUACUUCCUGACCUCGGCUUUUAUGACCAUGGUGCUGAUUUUCCUUCACACCUUCUGGGGGAUCCUCUUUUUCCAUGGCUGUGAGAACCGGCGCUGGUGGGAGAUCGCAGCUGUUGUUGUCAUGCACCUUGCUGUUUCGGGAUCGACGUUUUGCAACCCCCUGUACGUGGGCAGCCUGGUGCCCUCCUACAUGCUGAUGGCCAUCGCCGCCACCUGGGCUUACCUGCUCUCAGGGGGAUCUGCCCAGAACGUGCGUCGUUUCCUGCUCUGUUUACAGAGUGGAUCCAGCCCCCAGCCAGGAUCCUGAGGCCCUGCAGGAUGUUCCUGUCCCCAGCUGCCCCCUGCCCUCCCCUCCGUUCUGUUGGCGAGAGCGGCCGUCACCUUCUCUGCAAUGUAUUUUCUCCUGGAAUGGGGGACACCGGCCAGGCCCUGUGGGGCAGGCGCUCCGGCCCCGCUGCAGCAGCCAGCAGGUUGUCGUUGCUGGGGCUGGCUCGCUCCUCUGCCCCUUUGGGAGCCCCCCCUGGGACAGCCCAGUUCGGGGGACUCAGCUUUGCAGGCCCUGCCAUGCUGCAACUGAAGGCUGUUAGCCUGCCUGGGAAGGAUGUGACCUUGGACUGCCUCACGCUCAAGCCCAAAGAAACCCAUUGCUUCUUCCCCCACCACAGAAGAUGUGCUGUGCCCUGUGCUGGAGGGAGAUGUCGCUCCUCCUCCUCCUCCCCCGGGGUGGAGGAAGCAGCCUUGCAGAGCGCUGUCACACGCUGGGCUGGGGCCAAACGCUGUGGUGCUACUUUCCCCACCUCUUUGCCCAGGCUUGCUGCGCUGGGAGACACGGCCCCAGUGCUGGACUGCGGUAGCAGCAGUGAGCCAGCAUCCCAGCGCAGGUUGGGAAAGGGCAGGGGAGGCUGGUGGGGUGGUGGUAAGGUGCAGGGCACCACCAGCAGCUGGCAUGGGGUGGGGGCAGGAGGGAGCUGAAGCUACCCAGGGUGGGAGGAGGGUUUGGGCAGACAGUGCCUGCAGUGCCUGGCGGACAUGGACCUGGCUGGAUAGUGGCUGAGGGCGCAGGAUGACAAGUCACCUCUCAUCGGGUGCCAGCACAGCUUGGGGGGUGGGGGGUGGUGGUUCAGGGGACCAUUCCAGUGGAUCAUAGCCCUCUCCCAGGCUUGGAGGGGGAUUUUAUUUCUCAGAGGGGCAUCAGCCCUGAGGAUACGCUACAGGACUGGGAGGUAGAAAUUGCCAUCGGGCUCAGGGCUGAGAGUGCAGUUUUGUCCACAGUGGGCUUUUAUACUAAUAAAGAGAAGUACCAGAUGUGA